GCUUAACCUGCUGGAUAAAUACCGAGAUAAACUGUUUAAUUUUGAAGUUUUCUCUUUUGUUUAAGUUUUGAUGUGUGUGGAAGUGCGUUUGGUAGACUAAUAUGGGUAUUUUUCCUGCCUGGAAGAGAAGGACGGUGUUGUAGAAACUGAAGACAGGCGGUUACAACUAGUUAGCGUUAACCAGGUUAGCUAAGCUAACUAGCUAAGCUAGUUACGAGUAACGUCAAAAAUUCUGUUAGCAUUGGUGGCUAACAUUCCCAUCUUUUUUCCAACCAGGUGUGGAAAACCACCUAACCUGGAUAAAUCAUGUGAAAUCUCGAAGAAACCGCGUGAUUUUUCGUUUUUUCGCUCGACAUUCGACAGAUUUGAACCUGUAAAUGUGGAAAUACCUCAUUUGCAAGAGUUUCUCCAUCGAAAUCUGCUUUCUUUUCUCUCCCACAGUGACAGUAAAUGAGGAAAAUUCACCAAGUCAGUGUUGUUCACCCAGAUAGAUAGCUAAAAUCUCGCUAUCUGUGGAGUCUUUGCUCCUUUUCUAUCCCUUAGACUGAAGAUUCCAGCUACACACACUGCUACGGCAGUGGAUAGUAACCUGUCACCAUGUCUGCGGUGAUGAUUUCCAGAAAAGUGACUCGAAAAUGGGAGAAACUCCCGGGGAAGAACACGUUCUGCUGCGACGGGCGGGUGAUGAUGGCCCGGCAGAAAGGAGUGUUUUACCUGACGCUGUUCCUCAUCGUUGGGACCUGUGCGCUGUUCUUCGCUUUUGAGUGCCCGUACCUUGCUGUCCGCCUGUCUGCUGCCAUCCCAGUCUUUGCCAUUGUGCUCUUCCUCUUCGUCAUGGCCAUGCUGCUGAGGACCAGCUUCAGUGACCCGGGCGUGCUGCCCCGCGCCCUGCCGGAGGAGGCCAACUUCAUCGAGAUGGAGAUUGAAGCGGCCAACGGCAGCAUCCAGGCUGGUCAGCGUCCUCCCCCGCGCAUCAGAAACGUCCAGAUAAACAACCAGAUAGUAAAGCUGAAGUACUGCUACACCUGCAAGAUAUUCAGGCCUCCUCGAGCUUCCCACUGCAGUAUCUGUGACAACUGUGUGGAUCGUUUUGACCACCACUGUCCGUGGGUUGGAAACUGCGUGGGGAAGAGGAACUACCGCUACUUCUACCUGUUCACCCUCUCCCUCUCCCUCCUCACCAUCUACAUCUUCACGUUCGACAUCGUCCACGUCGCGCUGCGAUCGAUGGACUCUGGAUUUUUGAACACUCUUAAGGAAACCCCUGGAACUGUAAUCGAGGUCCUGGUGUGUUUCUUCACGCUCUGGUCUGUGGUGGGACUGACCGGCUUCCACACGUACCUGAUCUCCCUCAACCAGACCACGAAUGAGGACAUAAAAGGCUCGUGGUCGGGGAAGAACAGGAUUCAGAACCCAUACAGCCACAAGAACAUCAUCAAGAACUGCUGUGAGGUGCUGUGUGGCCCCACUUACCCCAGUGUGUUGGACAGAAGAGGGCUGAUGUCUGUAGAAGCUCCUAGCUCCACCUCUUCCCCACCCACUCCAGACAAUGCAGCCACUAAGAGCAACCCAGCUACCCCCAACACAAAAACCACAGCUCCUCUGAUUCCCAACGAACACACUCCCGAUGAGGCGAAGCCCGGCAUCGGCACACCCCCUCAGAAGACCAACGGCAGCAUCCCGAAAGAGGGGAAACCAUCCAGCCCCAGAGGCGCUAGCCCUAAAAGAUCCCCCGCCCCUAUUGUUGUAAAGGAGUCCGCCCACUAGACCUUCGCUGCGAACCUUUGAACGCGUAUUUUGAAGGAACUUGAAGGAACGUUUGAACAUUUUGAAGGAGCGGCGGCUUCUGGAACAGACACUCUCAGACAGGCUCAGAGCAGAGGCUGCUCAUCGGUGGCCACGACCAGACAAACUUAAAGCCUCAAAGCUUCUCCACUUUUGUAGAAGUUUCUGAACAUGGCUGCCUGAGCUCCUCUCUCACUGCUGAAAGCCUCUGGAGUCUUCUGAAGAUUUCUGGAGUCACCUCGCCACCUUCUGUUCUUCUGCGAAAACGCUGCAUGACCAAACACACGCAGAAGAGAAACGGCAACAAGCUGACUUGCGUUUUUGUUGAUGGUCCACCUGCAAUGCUUUCCUUGUUUAAGUACGGCCACUAGCCAAUCGCCAGUCGUCAAUGUACCAUCAGAACUAACGCACACCAUGUAGAACAUCCUGUUCUAGAUUCUGUAGAAGGUCCUAUGCAACACACAAAUAUAUGGUGGCUGUUCUUGAAGACGGCGAGUGAAAUACUGAGUUCAGACUGGCAUCAUAUUAUUCUCAGACUGGGAAUCUGAACAUCGGACUGGAUGUUUAUUUAUUUGAACGGUUGUGGUUCUCCAUUGGUGCGACCGCAAAGGCACCCUGCUUCCUACAUUCUGAUCUGUUUUGAGUUACCCAUUGUAGUCAAUGAAGUGAGCUUCAUGGAGUUGUGACUUCUGUUUCUUUUUCUGUUUUGUAAAUGUUGUAUAUGGAAAUAGUGAAAGCUGUGGUGCUUUUACAGAGACUUAUGGUCAGGGCAGAAGGUUUCGGGACGGUAUAUGAAGGACGUGCGUACACAGCUCUUGUACUGUGUUUCAGAAAGCUGUUUGUAUGUGUAUAACGGUACGUGUCCACUUUCCACUUUGCCUCACCGGAACCUAUUAAUAUACAAUAGUUGCACUGCAUUGGGAGCAGACUAAUCAGAAAAGUAACAUUUAAUUUUCUAUCAACUGGAUACGGUAUGAGCACCGCAAAGGGCCAUAUCUUGCACCCUGUGCAAGGCACGUCGCAAUGCUUAUUGCUAUCGUACACCCUGCUAACAGUCUAUUUUCACGCCUUCCAUCUGCAAAUAGCAACCGUGCUUGUGAACAUAUCUAUGCUGAUGGGUGUGGUGGUCUUGAGAAAAGGUGUGUUCAUGUACAUUUCUGCUGUAUUAUUAUCUUGGCAACAUGUAGAUAUGUUGUAAAAACUUUGCUGUUCCCUUAAAUUAGUCCCAUAAAUUCAAAGCGUGAACGAGCAGGUUAGAUUUCUCUCCCGAGAAACGUUGGACACAUCUAGGUAGCUGCAUCAAUAAAAUAGCAAUCCGCCAAAGUCAGAGCUUAUCUGGCUCUUAAAGGGAAUGGCAAGUGACACGCUGAUUGAUUUAUUUCACUUUAAGUCUAAAACCAAAACAAAUUGUGUGUUUAAAAACACACAUGAUUAAAUAAGAAAAUGAGUACAUGCCUUUUGCAUUCGUUUUGAGCUGUGCAAGGUGUACUUUUCCUGUCAUUAUGAUAGCAAAGACACACUGACACACUUUAGAUCAAGCUGCACAGUGCACGGUUGUUAGCUCGCUUAAUGAUCUCUAAAAUAGGGCCUAUAGUGUCUAGCCAGUUGGAGAAGGAUGUAUUGGUACAUCACAUAGGGCUAUAUAUUUGGAAGCACCUGGCUAAACAAUAUGUAUCACUAGGCAAGCAUUACAUUUUAAUAUAUAUAUUUACGACACAUUGCAGUACUGUAUUGAUAUAUAUUUAUUGUGCGUUUUUCAUUCAGAUUCUAAGAACACUGUUAAAACACAUCAUGUGCAUACAACUAGAUUAAGGAACCCCUGUCUUUUAGCAAUUUGCACAUGCAAACUAUAAAUAUAUGAAACGUGAUUUUGUGUUUUUGGGAUUCAAUACAGUAUUGCACAACAUAUUAAUACAAUACUUCAAUAUAUCGAUAUUUCUUUACGUAUUUAUUUAAAAUAUUGUGAGCUGAUAUCGACAAUACCUGGAUUUUCAGAAUAAGAUUAGAAUAUGAUUGUUUAAAAAUAGUACAAAUAAGAUUGCCUCUUACUUAAAGACUGUUUCUUUAACUAUCAAACAUUUAAAAGAGGCAAAAAAACAGCUAAUGUUAAGCAUAAGUAAUGGGCUCCGACAAUGGGCAAUAUGUUGAUCAGCAAAAAUGGUUGAGGUCAUGUUCAUAUAUUGAAUCAUUUAGAUUUAUUAGAAUAUAAAUAUAGUUAAAAUAUGCCUUCCUUGAGAUACCUCAGAUCCUGUUUUUUUGUUUUUGUUAAUAUCCUGUUUGUUAACAGAUCUUCCAGCGUACAGUGAGCCGAGAGUGCAAGUGGACUCGUACCGUUAAGUAUUAAAGCGUAGAGGUUGGCCUGUUGUUGACAGACACUAGUAACAGUGCCUUAUGUAAAAGCUGCACUAUCUCAGACAACUAAGGCCAUUCGCUGAAAAACCCUCGGAAUUUCCAUGUUCAUAUACUACCCAGAAUAGUGUAUAUUGUAUAUUGAGUAUUAGAGAUGGCUUCUCUUUUUGUCUUUCUUAUUUAUUUUUUUUUUAUUUAUCAGAGCACCAAUGAUACCUUGACAAGCAAAAAGAAAAAGAAAGCAAGCCAUGGUGUAUAAUCAUAGUGUACAUAGUGUAAAAACAUUCUGCGAAGCUGUGGACGUUCUGAAGAAAGUGGAUGAAUUUGCCUCAGUAGUCGUUUAGGCCUGUCACGAUAAAUGCUAAAUAUAUUAUUGCUAAUUUUAUUAAUAUUACGAUAAUAUAAUAGCAUUAUAAUGCAUUUGCACCCUUUUCAAUAUUAACAAUAUUCAGACACGGGUUUAAAAUAUAUGUGUAUAUACAUAUAUUAUUUAUUUAUUUUUAUUUUUUUUAAUUAAAGCAGCAGUCCCAAAGAUUUAGUUUCUUUUAAAUUGAAAAUUUCUGUAGUAUUUUUGAUUUAGAAGUUGUAAUGCUGACAGUGUCCUGACAUGAUCUAAUCUAAAUCUAUUUAUUCUAAAAACAGAAACAGAGUGGUUUGGUAGGUUUGUAGGAUGUACAGUAAUUGCUUUCUACAUUUUGACAGUAUUUCAUACCGCCUCUAAAUCCCUCAAAUCCCCCAAAACACACAGAUUGUCGCUUUAACUAUUAAACAUAAAUUAAACAUGCAUGUUCAUGGGCUAACCUUACUAAGUAAUGGCCUCAAUGGGACACAAUGCACAAUAUCUGCAUCAGCAAAACCGAUUGAGGUCAUGUGCAUAUGUUUAUGUUAUGUUUAAUGGUAAUUAAUAUAUCGUAAUUAUCGUGACAGGUCUAGUGGCCAUGCUCCUUUCUACUGCAACUAACUGCACUGGACUGGACUCAUUUAAUGAGGUCAUCCCAGAACUGCCUCCACCAGCUUCAUCAUCUUCUUCAUCAUCACCAUCAUCUUUCUCCUCCUCUCCUGGUCUUUCAUCUUUAGGCAAUUUCCGUUCUGUUAUUGUCCCUUUCUCUCCGUCCUGCAGUGAGCGAGCGAUAUAAUCACUCUAAGCUCUAAGCUGAGCAUCAGUGCUGUGAAAGGAAGGGAACGGAUGGGUUUUAGUUCUAAUAAUCUCCACACAUCUGUCCGCGUCACGCUGAGGGACGACCCAGAGGGAGCUGAUGAACGUGUUUACAGUGCCUGACCUGCAGAGGUGAAGUGAAGGGAGGGACACUAAAGAAUGUGUUAAAUGAUGGUGGGUUUAGUGGGGGACGUAUUUAACCCGAGCUAGUCUGUGAUCUGUGCAAGUGUCUUUUUUAAAAUUAUUUUCUUUCUACAUUAUUCUGCUUCUUCUUCUUCGUUUGUAAGGUAGAAUAGAGCCGCCCUCUGUGUGCGUGCUUAUGGAAAUUGUUUGUAGAAGGAUGUUGUUGGUGUACUAUGAUGAAUGACUGCAAUUAACAUUUACGAAAUUCGUAAUAAUUACUAAAGCCUACGGAAUGUUGUAUGCCGAAUUUAAUUUGUGGCCUACUUUUUUUGUGCAAGCCGGAAUGAAAUAGAGGACAGUUUAUGAUUUAUGUUUUUUUUUUUUUUUUGCGCUAUGCCUAAGCGGAAUCUAUUUUUUAUAUGUGAAAAAGACGAAGAGCAAGCAAGACAGUAUUUGUGUUUUUCAUUAAAAGAGGACUGUAUGCCUGUAGAGCUCAGUGUAGAAACCACAUUGAGUCAGGGCGUUUUCACACCUGAAAGUACAGACCUGGGUUGGUUUUGGUUUUGCACUUCAAUUUAGCGACUACAUUAAAGAACUUUGCUGAAGUUCCAUCACCAUUGUGGGAUGCACACAUACUCCCUAUACUUGACAUUUAAUGGGAUGUAUGAAUGAAUGAAGUUACUCUUAUAUGGCAUUUUUCUAGAUGCCCAAGUAUAUUUUACAAUCACCUUUUACAAACUAUCAUUUACACUCAGCACUCAUCAACACACACUGGUGAGAAGCAGCAGCCAAUCAUGCACAGCAUACUCUCAACCGGAAACCCCGUCCACUUAGAGGACUUCAUCUGGGACAGAGGAGCUGACCCAGAACAGAGUGCCAAUCCAUAUUUGGGCAUACAGUCGUACACACAUUCACACUAGGACUAUUUAAAGUACCUGAUUUACUUGAUUCUACCUUGUUUAGUCCAAAUUAAUGUUGCAGGUGUAAACAGUGCAACAAACCACAGUCUGGGCGAACAGACCAAAACGGUCUGAUUUACUUGCAGUAUGAAAAACACUUUUUAUAGAUGGUUUAGUCUUUUGUCACCCAUUAAAGAACAAUGAAAAAAGAAAAAUACUGGUGUUGUGCUAAAAUCCGACUCCCCUUGGCGUCCACUCGCAUCACUUCACAGUAUGGAUACAACGUAUAAUGCUGUACUCCUGUAUCUACUGUAACUGUAGAUUAUUAACCCUUAUUUAUAUACAGAAAUAAAAGGAAUCCAAAGGGAAUUUGAUUAAUACACUCGUUCUGCUGUGAGACGCUUCGAAUGCUUCGAAGUGUGUAUGAUUUUGGCAGGGAGGCUGAAUUCAGCACAACACCUGGAAUGGUAACUUGCUGUAAACUAACAUCUGAUGCAUCUGACCCAUCUGACGCAGUUUUUUUAGUGCACUUAGUCACUAAACUUCAGUGUGAAACCAAAACUGACAGUGGAAAAAACCCAUGAAACUUGGUUCACACACUUUCAGGUGUGAAAACACCCCAAGUAAAAACUGGUCCUUUCUGAAAGCUUGUAGGUUUUAUUAGAUAUUUUUGCAUGUUAACUCAUUUGCGUAUGAUUUUAAGAGCCUUCUCCAUUUGUUCGCAGUCUUAUAUUUUCAUCUGCACCUUGAAGAUCCAGUAGGGAAUCGCUGCAACCAGCAGGCCACAGUCUGUGCUGCUUUUCAGAGGCCUUUGUCUAGAGACAGCAGGACAGGACAGAACAAAUUAGUCAAUUCUUGUAUUAGACUUAAAGAUGAAUUGCUCAAAUUGGUAUAAUUUAGUGAUUUUUUUAGUUAUGCUUAUUGAUACACUAUAAAAUGUUUAUGUUUUGCUUAUUAUAUCUGAAUCUGCCCUUGUUGUGUAUCUAAAGGCUUAAGAACCUGGAUGAUCACUCUGCACUGCUACUGUCCCCAGAGAGGGUCUGAAUCUGAUUCUGUCCAGCCCAGAGGUUGGUAGUGUUUGUCACGGUAGCUGUAAAUUGAUAAACUACGUGAAGUUUGAAUUCGAUUAGCAGUAUGUCCUAAUGCCAAGCCGUUCUAGGGGUUAAUAUAUAUUGGAAAAUUAGGAAAUGAAGGUCCGCUCUAGAUAUAUGUUUACAGUGUAUAAUGUAUACAAUAUAUAAGAUAACAUCACGAGUUGAAUUAUGAUCACUUUUCUUUGUAUUAACACUGUGAUUCUCCCAUACUUCACUUCUUUUUACAUGCUGGAUUGGUGUGUGUGUGUAUGUAUGUUCAUUAAAUUAUACCAAGUCUUAUUAAUAUUA